AUGGAGCGCGGAGGGGAGAGCCCCGUCAUGCAGGACAGUCCUGAGAGGAGGGGGAGCAGCCCGGACCUCGGCAACCUCCCGCCACCUGGAAAGAAGGGCCGCUUGGAGCUCAACGGGAGCCCCACGGGGCCACGCCCGCGCCACAAUGGAGCUCUGCAGAGGCCCCAUGGAGGUCUGAUGAUCCCAGUCUUUUGUGUGGUGGAGCAGUCGGAUGGAGGGAUGCAGAUGGAAGGCGAGGGACGAGAGGAGCACGCCGAGUUCGUCCUGGUCAGGAAGGACAUCCUGUUCUCUCAGCUGGUGGAGACCGCGCUGCUAGCCCUCGGCUACUCACACAGCUCGGCUGCACAGGCACACGGCAUCAUCAAGGUGGGCAGGUGGAACCCUCUGCCAAUCCACUUCUUGACUGACGCCCCAGAGGCCACGGUGGCUGACAUGCUGAUGGAGGUCUACCACAUGGUCACGCUGCACAUCCAGCUACAAAGUUUUGCCAAGCUGGAGGACCUGCCCUGUGAGCAGUGGAACCACGCCACAGUCAGGAACGCUCUGAAAGAGCUGCUGAAAGAAAUGAACCAGAGCACUCUGGCCAAGGAGUGCCCUCUGUCACAGAGCAUGAUUUCCUCCAUAGUGAAUAGCUCCUACUAUGCCAACGUCUCCACUGCCAAAUGCCAGGAGUUCGGGCGCUGGUACAAGAAGUACAAGAAAAUCAAAGGUGAAAGAUUAGAGAGAGACAGCCUGGCAGACUUCUGUGUUUUGGGGCAGAGACCUCCUCCUCACCUGGCUGGCCUUGCCCAACUCAGUCACCUGGGAGGAGCAGGCAGCCCCCUCCUCAAGUCCGGGUCCCCCUCACCCCAUGGCCCCCUCCACCACAGCCCGCCCCUCCGCUCAAGCCAAGUGCCCCCGCCGCCCCCUCCACCUCCACCCGGUGCCCUGCAGCCCCUGUUGGGGCCAGGUGGGCUGCUCUCUCCCCAGCUCUCGCCACAGCUGGUGCGCCAGCAGUUAGCCAUGGCCCACCUCAUCAAUCAACAGCUAGCGGUUAGCCGCCUGCUGGCCCACCAGCACCCCCAGGCCCUCAACCAGCAGUUCCUGAACCACCCGCCCAUCCCUCAGAGGUCAUCCAAGGCUGGCGGGGACCAUCCUGGGAGCAACCCCUCGGCAGCGGAGGUCUCCACUGACAUCUACCAGCAGGUUAGAGAUGAACUGAAGAGAGCCAGCGUCUCCCAGGCCGUGUUUGCCCGCGUGGCGUUCAACCGCACGCAGGGCCUGCUGUCAGAGAUCCUUCGGAAGGAGGAAGACCCUCGCACAGCUUCCCAGUCCCUCCUGGUUAACCUGAAAGCCAUGCAGAAUUUCCUCAACCUGCCUGAGGGGGAGCGCGACCGCAUCUACCAGGAGGAGAGGGAGCGCAGCAUGAACCCUCCUGUAGGCCUGCCUGCCUCCAACUCCUCCAGCCCCGGGGGUCCUCGCCUCUCACAGCCCAAGCCAUCGGGCCCGGCCCCCGAGCUGCCCCUGAAGCUGGAGUCACUGGUCAACAUUACGUCGGGCAUCUAUGAUGAGAUCCAGCAAGAGAUGAAGAGGGCCAAGGUCUCGCAGGCUCUGUUCGCCAAGGUGGCCGCCAACAAGAGCCAGGGGUGGCUGUGUGAGCUGUUGCGAUGGAAAGAGAGCCCCAGUCCGGAGAACCGCACCCUUUGGGAGAACCUGUGCACCAUCCGGAGGUUCCUGGCCCUGCCGCAGGCCGACAGAGACCUGGUGUACGAGGAGGAGUCCAGACACCAUCACAACGAGAGGCUCCACACCGUUCUCCACCUGCCACAGGACACACAGGCCCUCCACCGGCCACCCCCGGCCCCAAUGAAGGAACACCACCACUCCCCAAUGCGUGAGGAGCCCCUUCCGACGCCAGUGACUGAGGAGUCACAGAACGUGGGAACAGGAGGUGCAAGUGGAUGCGCCCCUGGAAAUAUUGGUGGUGCCGGGAGUGCCAAAAAGCCACGGUCACGCACCAAGAUUUCUCUGGAGGCUCUGGGCAUCCUACAGAGCUUCAUCCAGGACGUGGGCCUGUACCCAGACCAGGAGGCCAUCCACACCCUGUCGGCACAGCUGGACCUGCCAAAGCACACCAUCAUCAAGUUCUUCCAGAACCAGCGCUACCAUGUCAAACACCACGGCCGCCUCAAGGAGCUGUGUGAGGGGGCCGCCGCCAGCGGAGGGGUGGACGUCAGCGAGUACCGCGACGAGGAGCUGCUCUCGGGCUCAGAGGACCCGGAGUCCAGCGAGGACGGCGCUGAGGAGGUUUACCCAUCCAUGGAGGGAGGUUGCGGGGGCUCAGGAGGGCUGGGCCAGCCUCUGAACUCCUCCGGCUCCAACUCCAGCCAGCCCUCCUCAGGGGCCGGCAUGUCCCAGGAAGAGGGCAAGGACAAGGGGCACAGUCGGCCCGGUGGCCCCCUGGGCCCCGGGAGCUCCUCGUCCAGUCCCAGAGAGCAGGCCGACUACCAGAGAUAGAGACUGACAAACAGAGACGGGAAAAGCAGAGAAAAGGAGAGAGGGACAGAGGAAAAGACAGGGUCCAUGAAAAACGA